CAAAACAAAUAAGUAAGAGUAAAGAGAUAAAAGAAGAAGAGAAACAACAAGAAGAAGUAGUAAUGGCUUCCUCUAUGCUCUCCUCCGCUGCUGUGGUUACCUCCCCAGCUCAAGCCACCAUGGUUGCUCCAUUCACCGGCUUGAAGUCAUCCGCUGCUUUCCCAGUCACCCGCAAGGCGAACAACGACAUUACUUCCAUCGCAAGCAAUGGAGGAAAAGUUAGCUGCAUGAAGGUGUGGCCACCAAUUGGAAAGAAGAAGUUUGAGACUCUAUCUUACCUUCCUGACCUUUCCGAUGUCGAAUUGGGAAAGGAAGUUGACUACCUUCUCCGCAACAAGUGGAUUCCUUGUGUCGAAUUCGAGUUGGAGCACGGAUUUGUGUACCGUGAGCACGGAAGCACACCCGGAUACUACGAUGGAAGGUACUGGACAAUGUGGAAGCUCCCAUUGUUCGGAUGCACUGACUCAGCUCAAGUGUUGAAGGAAGUGGAAGAGUGCAAGAAGGAGUACCCCAACGCCUUCAUUAGGAUCAUCGGAUUCGACAACACCCGUCAAGUCCAAUGCAUCAGUUUCAUCGCCUACAAGCCACCAAGCUUCACCGAGGCUUAAGUUCCCUUCUUAAAAAACAUUCAUAUGACUUAUCUCUACUCAUUUCAUUUCCUAUUGUCUGUGUUUUUUUUUUCUUCUGUUUCUGAGACAUUUCAUAUCGGAUUAUCAAAUGUCUGAUUUAUGAAUAUAUAAUGUUAUUUCUAUA